GUAAUAUGAUAAGAUGGUUAUAAAUUAAGAUGUUUUGUAAAUAAACAAAUUAGAAGACAUUUGUUGGAUAAAAUGUAUCAAAUUUUAUCACAUAACAUUUUAUUUUUAAUCGUCAUCAGUGUUUUGCUAAUUAAAACUAAUUAUGCUGCUUAUUUUUCUGAUGUUCAUUGGAGUACAGCUAUAAAGUUAUCACAGUACGAGAGCUAUAGAUCAGUUACCCUACUUUCAUACAAUGUACCAGAGCAAACAGCAGAUGUUUCCUUCAGUUUCCAGGCAAAAACAUCAGGCAAAGCUUGCACAUUCAGAGAAGUUCAUGUAUACCUUCAGCAAGGAAGUUAUCCUUUGGUGACCCCCUACAAUGAGACAUAUCCACCAAAUUUUUACUUGAAUCGGACAGAUUUGUUUCACAUUGAGAUACAGAAAGAUGCAGAUGCUGUGUCAUAUAUAAUCUCUAGUCCAAGACCUGGUACCUGGUAUUUUGCGGCUUUUUUGCCUAAACCCACUUCAGAUAAAAUACAGAUAAAGGAGUUAGAUAAGUCAUGUAUGUAUGGAAUGUUUGUGGUGGUAGAGUCCAGGGGUUAUGAUAACAUUGAGGAGAUAUCUACAGAAAAAUCUCAGCAUGUCCAUCUGACCCAACAAGCCACACAAUCACAGGCCCUAUACAGGUUUGUUUUACCCAAGGACACAGUAGAAUAUACAGUGAAAAUAGACAAUUGUAUAGUGACAUCAUUAGAUACAUCAGCUGAACAAACUAACACCUCAAAUGUGAAUGAAACAGAACCAGUGUUGCCAUCAAGGUCAACCAAUUGUCCUAUAGUGAUGACGAUUGAGGCAGAGAUGUUACCGAGCCCAAAAUCAAAGUUAAAAUUGGCAUGUGGAAAUAAGACAGUGUGCAGUAAAACAGUUUUAUCGCCAGUACUUCAUAAAUGGACGUACAUUCUGUUAACAGUUGACAAUGACUUCAAUGUGUCAGAGAUUCAGUUCCAAUUACAUUUUGAGAAGAAAGGCUGCGAAUCAUUGAAACUAUUGUUACCAAAGACAAUAUAUGAAGCUACAACAAGAGAGAAGAAUUCCAACAGUUUACAGCUUUCCCAGGAUUCCUGCAUCAAAAUGGCUUCCCUCGGACGAUUUAUUUUUAACCAGCUCACCUUUAACCUCUCAUACCUUCUGUCUGAACCAGGACCAAUACCGAUCCCAGCUAUGUUAGAUAAACUUUAUAUCCCAGAUUAUCAGGUGUUAGUUACAGAUAUCAGUGUACAAGAAGGUACAGAUAUAGGAGGAACUUUAGUGUUAGAUGUCAGAUUUAUAAAGGCUUCUCUAGAAACUUCCAAACAUUCCAUAGUGUUGUAUGUAUGUCUGAUGAAAAAUUCUAUACCUGGAGGUGAAACGAUUGCAUCCUGUGAGACUGGUGUACAGAUUAUCCUGAAUACAACAUCAGAACAACUCGAGGACACAGUCUAUGUGCCAUACCCAGAGGUGGGAAUAUGGUACCUGGCUCUCAAUAGUAGAUGUUACAAAAAGGAUACCAUGGCUGUAAUCAGGUGUCUAGGAGCGCCUCAGGUUGACAUUGAUUUGUCAAUAUCAGGAUGUUUAGAUGGUCAAUGUGGCGAGUAUGGUGCCUGUCAGGAUUAUAUCAGUGGCGUUCAUGUGUUCAGCUCAUGCAAGUGUUUUGCAGGUUGGCGGGGCUACGGCUGCACCGAUGGUACACAUGGACGGACUAAGAAUGAAGAGUUAGUUGCGUUGCUGCUGCUUACUUUAAGCAAUCUGUUCUUUGUUCCGUCAAUUAUUGUCGCUUUGUACAGACGUUACUUCACAGAGGCAGCAGUGUACACAUACACCAUGUUUUGGUCUGCAAUAUACCAUGCAUGUGAUGCAAGUGACCUUGUUUAUUACUGUCUCCUGGACUAUGAUCUACUCAGUUUUGCUGAUUUCUUGGGCUCAAUCUAUUCCUUUUGGGUGACAAUGUUAGCAAUGGCAGUGAUACCAACAAAAGUUCGAACCUUCGCACAGGCAUUAGGAGCUUUAGGUGUAGCUGUCGGAGUAGAGUAUAAACGCCAUGGAAUUUUUGCCUUUGCUCUCCCAGCAGGCAUUGCUGCAAUUGUUAUGUUUGGCUCUUGGGGCUUGCAAUGUAAAAGACGUAGAAAGUUGUUUCCACAAAAGAGAUAUAUUCUUCUGCACCUUAUACCUGGAGUAAUUCUAGCAUUUACAGGUAUGGGGAUAUUUGCAUUCCUAGAGACAGAGGAAAACUACAAGUAUACUCACAGUUGUUGGCAUGUUGCCAUGUCUCUAUCAGUUGUAUUCCUGCUCCCAGGACGACAAACCAAAGGUAUAGAUAUUACUGAGACUAGUUCAAAUAACCUUACUAACAAUAAUAGUGCUACUAACUCACGGAUAGUGCUCAGUUCCUACGCUGAUAUGCCCAAUGGUCAUGUGACCAGUAGUGAAAGUGUGGAAAUCAGCAUGGGAGAUAAUCCAGCAUAUUCUCCACCUGAAUAACAUAAAGUGAUUCUCACGCUUUUGUAGUUAUAAUGCUUUCUCAUUAUAUGCUCAUAUACUAACAUUGAUUGUUCCAUAUGUUAUAAAAUACUUGCUUUUUAUUUGAGAUUUGUUCAUCAUAACAAGGACAAUGGGCUUGGUAUUGAAAUUAUUUUUGAAAGAAAUUCAUUGAAGUAAGAAAAAAAUGCAUUUUUAAUAGCUUUUUUUUUAAAACUGGAUAUGUAAAAUAUUCAUCAAGUGAAUAUGUUUACAAGAGAAAGUGACAUAUACAUGUAUUGACCAAAAUGUUGUUCUUUUAUGAAUUUUAUAAUAUGAUCAGUGAAAGUUUUCAGGAUUAUUCUUGAACUUAAGAUCUUUUUUAAAAUGAAACUACCGUAUAUAAGCAUGGUUUUAAGCAUAAAACUAUAAAACUUUCACCAAUGCACACAUACAAAAGUUUCUUACAGAAAUAUUGCCUUUUCAACACAUUCCUGAAAAUGUUUUUUGUAAACUUAAAGCAAUUUAUUUUUUUGUAAAAAAAUCAUCUGAUUAAAGACAGUAAACUUUCCUUUCAUAUACAUUUUUUUCUCUGAUUAAUAUGAAUUUAAUUCUUCAUAAUUUUGAAAUCAUACUUACAAAAAUAUCAAUAUUCUUCAUACAUUGUUUUCCAAUUAGUUUGAUAAUACACUUGUACCAUCCUAGUUACAAAUAGAACAUGUUUUAAUAGGGAAUAGCUGGACUGGGAACAUUCUUUUUUAUUCUUGCAUGUCAGACUGGUUUUUAGUGUUUGCAUCUAUGCUUGAAAAUGCCAUCUUAUACCCCUACAUGUAAGAUGAGCUGCUUACUUUAAAAUGAUGUCAUUAAACCAACUUUAUGAUUGAAUCGCAUGUUUUAGGAUGGUGUCAUUCCUCUACAUGUAAUAACAUGUUGUAAGUUGUGCACAUCAUUUCUCAAUGGUCAAACUAAGAGUGAUUCUACCUUUUUCUCUUAAAAUUUUGUUAUCCUUACUGACUUAGCUUAAUAGGAAGAGUAUGGGAUUUGUAAUUCAGGGAUUGCUGGUUUGAUCCUUGAAUGAGACGAAAUUUCUCUAAAGACAGCUAAUCUCGGACAUUGUGUCUAAUGGUCAUUGUCCCCCACUCAGUUGGGAUAUGCAGUUGCUCACUUGCAAAGAAAUUAAUCAUAACUGAUUAAGUUGCUAUGGAAAGCUGGUUAAUGUACCAAACUACUGAUAAGUUACAGGGAAGCCUGGCUUAGUGGACCAACAGUGAACCAAUGGCUGAGAUAUAAACUAAAAUGUGUUAAAAUUAUACAAAUAAAUUCUGAGUAUUACUUUAUAGUGCCAGGUCAUGUGUGCAAUAAAAAUUCACAGUUUUUAUAAGCUUUUUUCAGGUUCAGAAUAUGAAAACUUUUGUUGUGUUUUUUUUUUUUUAUCUAACACAUGCUAUGUGUAUAAUCAUGUUCAUGCUUUUUUAUGUUGAGUGUUCAAAGCAGUCAACAUUUUUAGAUGUGAAAUUUUUGCAAAACAUAUCCUUGAAAUUCAUGUCAAAGAUUUUUUUUCAUGCUGAAAGCUAUUUUUAUUUUGCGAGUGCCAAAAUGAUAGAAAUCUGCCAUUUUACAAGUAAUUUCUACUUCAAUGUAUAAAUUAUGAAUUCAAAUGUUUAUGCAUUUUUAUUUGUGAGAUUUUAUUAUUAUUUACAUGGUAUGAGUUUUUUUUGCAUGUCACAAAUUUUGCGAGAAAGCAAUGGUAAUGACUAGAUUGUAAAGAAGCAUGUUGAAUCUUGCUUUAUAAUCAAAUAUAGCUGGGAUAGAUGAAAAUGUGACCUUUGUAGUUUCGUAAAACAGAAACAAUGCAGAAAAAUAACCAAAAAAUAAAACACAUUGAGGAAAACAGACUCAGCAAUUUUCACCCAUUUAUUUUUGUUAACAUAGCUCUAAAGGGAUUUAAGGAUUUUUAAAACACCUUUUCUCUGUAACCAAAGGUCAUUUCAGAAUAGGUCACAGAAAGAUGGGAAGUAUGAAAUUA